UUAUCGCCACCAUAGGCCAAUCUCGAGAGGUACAACUAGGGCCACAUACGCUUCAUGUGCUGGGCGCUGGGCCGUAGAAAUAAUCAUCAUCGUUUCCGUACCCGGUUCUCGCAUGCAUGGGCAGCGGGUUUCCUGACCCUGGGCUGCUGGUAGUGCGUUGCGCUGCAGGAAAUAUUCAUCUGGUGCGCACAGAUAGAUUUUGACCUGGUCGCCUUUAACCCCGCCGCUCCCUGACUGCCGACAUCGACUUGAUAGACGCUGGCUGGCUCCUCCCACGGCAGAUGCUCGCUCCCUUCAAGCGUAAACUAAAGAUCCAUUGCGCCGCUCCCACUCAGGAUACCGUAAGCUCAAAGCUGCACGCAACACGCGCCAACAUGCUCGUCGAUGUACAAGUGGGCGAGCCCGACGGCCGCCCGACCAUAAUUCAUAAUCAGCAACCUCGCCCUCAUCCCAGCCCUAGUAUGACAGCCUCUGCACGUUCAUCGAAAAGAGCUGGUGACAGCCUGCAUAGACCUCCCAUCACACUGGCUAUUCACGGUGGUGCGGGUGGGACUAUCACGCCAGACAUCCCACCGGUGCUGCAGGCUGCAUACCGCGCGCGUCUGCGCGCCGCCCUCGAAGCCGGCUACCGUGUGCUCGAACAGGGUCUCCCAUCUGCCGCUUCCAGCGCCUCGGAAUUGUAUGGACCCGAAACGCAUCAUGAAGAUGAAGAUGCUCCGUCUUCACCAUCGCGCGGUGGAGCGUUUCGCGGCGCCGGAAACGCACUGGACGCCGUCUGCGCCGCUGUCAAGGUGCUUGAGGACAGUCCGCUGUUCAACGCUGGAAAAGGCGCGGUCUUCACCAAGGACGGCAAGGUCGAGUGCGAGGCGAGUGUCAUGGUCUCGUUUCCUUCCACUUCCGUGUCUCGGAGCGGAGAAAUCGAAAAGGGCCUCUCCGCUUGCGGCCUUCCGAUUGUCAUGCACGACAACGAAUGGUUCCACCGCGGCUGUCCACCGUCCGAAAGAUCGAUAUCUCUUCCCAAAUUGCUCUCCGAGAAGCCUCUGAUGUUGAACCCUCCGCAAACAACGGCCUCGUACUCCAACUUCAAUACGCAACAGCUCCCCGCGACGCGGCGCUGUGCAGCAGCGACCCUCGUCCGCGCGACCAAGAACCCGAUCCUGCUCGCGCGCACUCUUUACCUCUCUCCGGAAGAUGCGCCGCACGUUCUGCUCUCCGGGAUGGAAGCCGAGAAGAUCGGAUGGAAGUACGGCUGCACCAAAGUGGAAAAUGACUACUACUGGACCCGAAAGAGGUGGCUGGAGCAUCGGCGUGGACUCGGCUUGCCAGAUGACGAUGACGAUGACGUUGACGAAGGUGAUAGUGAUGAUGAAAAUGAUGAUGAGAGAGAGGGUAAAGUGAGAAAGCAUGGUAUCAGAGACCCGAAUGGCCUUCAGGGAUACACCGACAACCUCCUCGUCAGCGCACUCAAAGCACCAACUCCAGCCUGCCCUUCCGCAGCGCACGUCGCGCCGCCGCCUUCGUACAGCAGCGCCAUACGCAGUGUCGGGUCAGUCGACAGAGCAGCUGCGCCUGAUGCAUCCAGCUCGUGGCCAUCGGCGCCAUCGGCAUCGCGGUAUGCAGCCCUACAAACGACUCCGCAGACAGAAAGCACACCGCCUUCCUCUUACUACGACCGCACACCAAGUUUGACGGCAGCUUCAGCCUCAACUUCACCCUCUUCCUCCCCACCCUCCUUGCACGGAAACGAACGCUCUGAAACCAGCACCGACUCCCCUCGCCACCCAGAUGCCGAGGUCUUCGAGCAGUUCUCGGCUCACUUUGAUUCCUCCGCCCUGCCGCAAGGGACUGUUGGUGCAUGCGCCAUCGACGCGCAGGGGAGACUCGCUGUCGCGACGUCCACCGGUGGCAAGACCAACAAGAAUACAGGACGCGUGGGCGAUACACCAUCAGUCGGCGCGGGCUUCUGGGCUGAGAGAUUUGUCGUCGACGGCGGUGACAGCAAGGAGAAGGCGGCUGAGAAGCAAUACGAAGUCGACGCAGUUCCGAUGGAUGGCACGACCUGCUGGGCCUCCCCCUGUUCCUCUCUGCUGUCCUGCUUCUGGAACUGCUUAUCAGCCUGUGCCUGUCUAUCGCCUCGCAAGGACGGCUGCCGCGACUCGGCUGGCGUUGAGAAGUGGAAAAGUACCGAUGAGAGAGGUCUUGCGUUGUCUGGAACGGGGGAUGGUGACUACUUUCUCAGAGUAUCAUUGGCGUCGCUCGUCGCUCACCGCAUGCGCUUCCUGGCCGAAGAUGCAGCUACAGCGGGCCAAGCAGCGAUCAAAGAGCUCGGUCGCAAUGCAGGUGUAGGCGGAGCCAUCGUGCUCGACCACACUGGGAACGUCACCUUCCCAAUGAACUCUACAACCAUGAACAGAGGCUACAUCUCGUCGCUCAGCGGCGCUAAGCCGCGCGUCGCUCUAUUUCAAGGCGAACAGCUCGCUUAAGCGUUGGCAACGAAAAAGCUUGGCACGGUUUUAGUCCCAUGUCCCAAGAUUCUAUCUUAAUCGACGAUAAGGGCAUUGUCAUUGCGAUGAUAAGAUUUGUUGUAGUAUACAAUUGAAUGUGUGGAAUGCGAUCCCCG